AUGAUAGUCUCUGAUCAGACUCCUAUUAUAACAACAACAAAGGACCAUGACCCACCAGGCAACCAGGUGGUGCACAAGGUGGCAACAGGUGGUAGUGAUCAUACUCUAGAGCCAAACAACCUUGGUGGUGGUGGAACAGGCUGCUCUGGAGGGUCAGGCUCAGAGAGUGUUGUUGAAAACACCUUGAAAAGAAAGAGAGGGAGACCUAGGAAGUAUGAUGUGGGUGCAAACCUAGUAUCAUCACCGCCUCUGUCUCCGCCACCGGGCCUUUCUUCUUCUCUUUCGAGUUGCGAGAAACGGGUUAGAGGGAGGCCUCGUGGUUCUGGUAAACUUCAACUCUUGGCUUCCCUUGGUGGUUUUGCAGCAGAAACAGCAGGAGGAAGCUUCACCCCUCAUGUAGUGCCCGUGCAUACUGGAGAGGAUAUUGUUACCAAGUUACUAGCAUUUUCUCAAAAGGGUGCUCGAGCAGUUUGCAUUCUUUCAGCUACUGGUGUUGUCUCGAGCGUUAUUAUGCGCCAGCCUGGUUCUUCUGGGGGGAUUUUGAGAUAUGAUGGCCCCUUUGAAAUUCUAUCUCUAUCUGGAUCAUUCACUUUCAGCGAAACAGGAGGUUCGAAUCGCAAAAAUGGCAUGCUAAGUAUUUCCCUAGCUAAACCUAAUGGCCGGGUUUUUGGUGGUGGUGUUGCAGGCUCUUUAAUCGCAGCUGGCCCUAUUCAACUCAUUAUUGCCAGUUUCAAGCAGAACAUCGGCAAGGAAAUUAAGAGGAGGCAAUCAGCUGACCCUCCUACAGCUCCCAGUCUGCUUGCCAACCCCGAUAUGGUAAGGGUUCCCACACAAAUUGCUGGAACCACAGAUGCAGAAGAUAAGUGCACUACACCGACAUCUGCACUUUCAGAACCAAGAAAUGAAGAAGCAGGUAGCACAAUCAUUUCAAACCAACAAGCAAAUACUGGUUCUCAAAACAGUAGUGGUCAAAAUGUCUUGCAGUCCCAACAGCCCAUUCCAGACCAAACAGUACCUCCAGAUGCCAAUGCUGGAGACCCCCGGUUAUGA